AUGAUGAAAGAGCAACAGCCCGUGGAGGCUUUUUCAUCCAAAAAUUCAUCUUCGGGCGUUUGCAGAAUUUUCUCGCUUGUAGUUGGCGAUCCUAUGAAAGAAGGAAAGGGAUUAGGUGCCAAGACUACCUAUUUAAUACAGACAGAAGUUGUCAAAUCGGGGUUUCCAGAGACUAGAAUUGUGUACAACUCGAGAAAACGUUAUAGUGAUUUUAAAUUAUUACACGAUGAAUGUAGAAAGUUGACCAGUUCAGAUUUUAAAACAAUCUUUCCACCAAAGAGUUUCAAAAAAUUUAAUGAGAAAUUAAUUGCUGAACGUAAAGAGGCCUUUCAACAUUUACUUUUGGAAUUUGUUGAUAAUCCAGUAUUGUUGAAUAAUCAGAAUUUAAAGUUAUUUCUUUCAAUACCAGCUCAGACUCACCUUGUUCCACCAUCAAAACAUAAGGAUAUUCCAUCGAGUGUCAAGUUUAAAUUCUCCAGUGUAUUGAAAAAUGAGGAAAUGAAAUAUACCUUUAAACAAUUUCUUAUCGAGGAACAUAAUAUUGAACCAUUCGAAUUUUUGGAGUCGUGUUUUCAAAUUCAGAAACAAGGAUCAAUUCUUAUUGAGGAAUUUGAUAGAUUGGUAAUACAGGAAUUUGUUGAACAUGGAUCGAGUAGAGAAAUUAAUAUUGAUAAUAGAACGAGAAAUUUAAAGAAUACAUUGUCUACACAAACAGAUUUGGUCAUGUGGAAUGGUCAACUUGAGUCAGUUCUUCAACCAGCUACCAAUGCAGUGAAACUUCACUUGAAAACUGAUUCAUUUCCAAGAUUUGUUUAUAAUUGGCCAACUUUUAAACAAUUUUUGAGUUCAAAGAGUGAUGCUUUUAUUGCAUCUAUUACAAAAGGCUCACCUGAUUCACAACAAGCUUUGAUUUUUGUUUAA